AUGGAGAGUUCAUAUCUAACACCCUGCAUUGAUGAUAAGUACCUUGAGGUUCGUGAUGGAUACAACAAGUCUGCCAAUCUUCUUGGUGUAUUUUGUGGAGGGAACAUUUCUGUUGUUAUGCGAUCCAGUGGACAGAACUUGUGGAUCAGAAAAUCAGUUCAUUAUAUUGGCAGGUUUCGGGGCUCGUACGCCAACAAAACACUCAACUUUACAGUUGAACCCAACCUAGACAAGGUGGCCGGAACUCAAUUUGUUAUUUUCAACCAAACUUCAUCUCUUUGGUGUCCAGCACAAGGUGCACCAGCACCAUUUAUAGUUUGGAGAAAGAACGGAAGAGUGGUACAGAACAGUACAAGUGUCGAAUAUCAGCUGACCAUUACUGAAGAAAACACUGACGAGUAUAGCUGUGAAGUGAACGGACAGGAUGAUGUUGACAAGAAAGAAAUCCGUUUUGUCACUGAAAGGUGCCCAGAUCCCUGCCGAUGUACAAUUGCAGUUGGAAUCAUAGGCGCAGCCACCCGCAUUGAGUGUCGAGGAAAACACUUACAGGACUUAGACAACAACCAAAUAGAGGAGCUACCACCUGAAGACUUCCAUAACAACUCGCAGUUGGUCGUACUGGCCUUGGAUAACAACCAGAUAAAGGAACUACCACCUGGAGUCUUCAAUAAUAACACCGAGUUGACCACACUGGUCUUGGAUAACAACCAGAUAAAGGAGCUACCACCUGGAGUCUUCAAUAAUAACACUGAGUUGAUCGAACUGUGGUUAAACGGCAACGAGUUGGAGAGUUUGCCAGGCGACUUAUUUACCCAAUUAUUCAAGCUGCAGUUGCUGGCCUUGGAUAACAACCAGAUAAAGAAGCUACCACGUGGACUUCUAAACAAUAACACUGAGUUGGUCACACUACAACUUAACGACAACGACCUAACAGAGUUACAAGAGGGUUUGUUUGAUGGUUUAAGAGCAUUGACACACCUGUUUUUAUCCAAAAACCAAAUUGGAGAAUUGCCAUCAACGAUAUUUGUUAAGCUAACCAACCUUGAGGCAUUAAAAAUGGAGAAAAAUAAGUUAAAAGAGCUCCAUUCAAAACAAUUUCGCGGACUGGCAAAGCUGUCUGAGCUCUAUCUGUCGGGAAACAAACUCAGAUAUUUGCCACAAGGAAUUUUCAAAGGCUUAAAGCAGCUUCUGAUUCUAGAACUCUUUGACAACGAAUUGAAGAACGUUUCCAUCGACAACUUCAGAGAAAUCAGACAGUUAAAAAUUCUAUUUUUACAUUAUAACCACAUGAGGGAGAUUCCCUACGGAUUUUUUGAAGAGUUGAAGGAUAUAUUACGAGUGAGUUUGGACACAAACCUGAUGUGUUGUCAUAUGCACAAGGAGGACGCUGACUGUGCUUUCAUUGAUAACGACGACUUUGCCAACUGUGAAAACAUGUUCAAGAACCCAAUCCCGAGGAAGAGCAUAUGGGCAAUCGGCUCCCUUUCCCUGGCUGGGUCGGUGUUUGUCAUCACAUGGCGUUCAGUCUUUAAGGAUACAAACACGGUACAAUCAAUCAUGUUAUUGCACUUGGCAGUCUCCGAUGGUUUAAUGGGAGCAUACCUAAUCACACUGGGUGUCAAAGAUCUGUUGUGGAGAGAAGAGUAUUACUUACAUGACUUCAAGUGGCGGUCUGGCUUGGCUUGCCAAAUAAUUGGUGCUACCUCUUUGCUAUCCAGUGAGGUCUCCUUGAUGCUGAUGGCUUUGAUAUCUGCGGACCGACUCAAGAACAUUGUGUUCCUGUUCAGAGGUGGAGCACUUUCGCGGAAAAUGACCCAAAUCCUUUGCGCCAUCAUAUGGCUCGUCGGCUUCCUCCUGGCUUUCUUUCCGAUGUUUGGCUUGAGAUACUUCGAAGAUCUUACAACAUAUCACAACUAUUACGGAAAAAGUGUAGUCUGCCUUCCCUUACAGCUCUCUCGUCACAAAACGGAAGGCUGGGAGUACUCUGUUUCUGUAUUUGUUGGCCUCAAUUUCUUCCUCUUCAUAUUCAUCACAGUUGCCUACCUCGCCAUAUUCAUAAGCAGAGUGCGAGUUAAAAACCAAUCAGCCAACGCAAACGCAAGGAGGGAGACCGGUCUGGCCAAGAGAGUGUCCUUUAUUAUCUUCACUGAUUGUCUCUGCUGGAUGCCAAUCAUUGUGUUUGGUAUGAAGUCGGUUUUAGAGAAGGAUUACAAACAACCAGGAGAUUUGGCUGUUUGGAUCGCCGUGUUUGCUCUGCCCAUUAAUUCAGUGAUAAACCCGAUUCUGUACACAUUAGCAACACCAAAGGCGCAAGAGUAUCUAGGAAGCAAAAUGGCAAUGCUGAGAAGCUUCAUACGGAGUACUUUUUACUGCAGUGAAGAUCAAGAGGGACGACAACAAGAUCCACAAGAGAUUGACGAUAACGGGCAACAAGAAGAUGCGCUAGAGCAGCAUGGUGACAAUCAAAUUGGAAUUGGCCAACAGCUUCACAAGGAGGAAGAAGGUCACGAAGGAGAAGAAGACAUUGUUGAAGAAUAUGAUCUGGAAUAUGAUACAAAGUUGUAAUCAUUG